CUCAGACAACUAGCACAUCAGUUUUGUUUACAAGAGGCAUGCAAUUUGGUAAGAGUUACAGAGUGUUUUGAGGAAACGUUUUUAACGGUUGGUGACACAUUUCCAACGACAUGCCCUUCACACGAAUCUUCAGUGAAACAGGGAAGCAGCGGAGUUGAUGCUGGUGCUCUAUGAAGAAUCACAGCAUGUUUCCCCGCAGCUCUGCACCGAGGGGGCGGACAGCCUACAUUAAUGGCCUGUACCCACCAUCCCCUGUGCCUCGGUACUACGAUUACAGCCAUCAAAACCGUGCAAGUGUCAACAGCUUCCAUGCUCCCGGACUAGGGAGAUUGCCUACAUAUGAAUGGAAACCCACACCAUCUGCCUCGCCAAUCCCUCCUCCUCCUCCUCCUCCUCCUGCUCCUCUCCGCACACCAACUAUGACCAAUGGGCGCAAGCGGCAGAGUGAUGAAUACAACCUUCAUGUUCCAAAGCGCCAACGCCUUGACCCCACUUUCUACCCAUCUAUCAGCUCCCCUUCAAUUCGCGCCCCUCCCCCUCAUCAUCCUGAACAAGUGGUGGCAGGAUCCUCAAGAUCAGGUUUUGAUUAUUUCUAUCCCAGGCCCCGGUCCCAUCCUCAGCCUCAGACUCCUGCUGUCUCAGAAAUCUCCAUCAGUCUGCAGACCUAUGCUAAGGACAAGCUGAGUAAUCAGAUGGUGGAGCUGUUUGAGGCGUGCCAGCAGCAGUCAUCUGAUUUGGCCCGGAAGGAGAUGUGUCGAGCUCGGCUGCAGCAAGACAUACAGCGUGUCUAUGCAGUGGCACGACUUUACUUGACUGGAUCUUCUAUGAAUGGAUUGGGCUGCCGGAGCAGUGACGCUGAUAUGUGUCUGGUCAUCAAGGGAAAUAAAAGACAUGAUCCCAUUUAUGUACUCUCUGUCCUCCAGAGGUUGUUCAAAUCACUGCCAUAUGUAGAGAAGACUCAGCUGAUCAGAGCCAAAGUACCGAUCCUCAGGUUCAGAGAGAAAGGCAGUGAUCUGGAGUUUGAUCUGAAUAUCAACAACACAGUGGGCAUCAGAAACACAUUCCUUCUGAGGAGUUACGCCUAUGCUGAUCUCAGGACAAGACCCAUGAUCCUUGUCGUCAAGAAAUGGGCACGGCACAAUCAAAUCAACGAUGCCAGCAAAGGAACGCUGAGCAGCUACACGUUGGUGCUGAUGGUGCUGCAUUACCUCCAGACUCUUAGAGAACCGGUCCUUCCCUCUCUACAGAGGGACUACCCAGAGUGUUUUAAUCCUUUAAUGGACAUUGACACAGUUCCAGAGGCACCCAAAGACAUCCCCCCCUACAUCUCAAGAAACCAGUCCUCCCUGGGAGAGCUGCUUCUGGGCUUUCUCAAAUACUAUGCCACACACUUCAGGUGGGAUAAGCAGGUGAUCUCCGUUCGAGAGGCCAAAGCUUUGCCCAAGAACAAUUCUCAAGAGUGGAGAAACAAAUUCAUUUGUGUGGAAGAGCCAUUUGAAAGAAAUAACGUCGCCAGGGCAGUCCACGAGAAGAUCAAGUUUGAUGCCAUUAAAGCUCAGUUCGCUGAGUCGUGUCGGAUACUGCAGCAGAGGAAGGACCUGAACUCCAUCCUCCCAGUCAGAGCCGUCAUUAAUGAGGAGUCGUCCAGAAGAUAAGGGAUUCCUCUAAUUAGACGAGUUAACGGGAGUCUUCUACCUCGAGACAGGCCCGUCUCCAGAAACAAAGAGAGACCUUUGGGAUGUGCUAAGAGGGGAGUCCUGACUCCUGCAGCCUCUGCUCCUCAUAGCCAGAAAGACUCUGGGACUCUGAAUGCCUGCCUUGGCCACGCACAGGCUGUACGUCUUGUGGCAUUAUGUGCUGAAAACUCAUUCUCAAAUGCUUUGCAGAGUUUGCCAGUCUUUUGUAGUUAUUAUAACCUAUAAUAAAAAUACAAUAUUUAUGUAUUGUCACCAGAGGGACCUGAAAUUAUAAUCUGGUGACAGAGAGAUGCUGCAGUGAAGCAGCAUAAUUAUGGUCAGUGUUAUUAGAGAUGGUUAUUGCUGCUACCUGGCUCCCCUUCCCAGUGCACAUGGCAUCCCUGGGAAGAAGUUAAGUCUACUGACAAAGUAUGAAAAGACAAAAUAGCACCUGCAGCCUGCUGAUAUUUGGAACUAUCUUAAGUGAAAGCAACUGAAUUUAGGUUUGAAGGUUUCAAAGCAAGUUUGUCUCCUGUAAUCUCAGUUUUAGUUACAUCCAUACUGCACAAGGUCAGUUUUGAAGACAUUUUGUUUCCACCACAUAUAUGUACAGUGUAUAUAGUAUAUUGUCUUUAGGCUGUCUGGACCAAUUUGUAACAUAAAAGGCAUUUUUCUAUUUUUCUAGGUCACAAGUGAAGCUAUUGUAAGAUUAAGCACUUUUGUCUACAGCUGCAUUAAAGACCCUUUUUCAUCUGCACCAUUUUUACACGUCUAAGCUCCACCAAAAGAGACGUUUGUUAUUAAAUGAUGUUUUAGUUAGCAUCAUAAUUUAAGUGAUUUUUUUCCCUUAAACUGGCAUAAGGCUGACACUGUCAUUUUAGUUCAGCAUCUACUUGAUUUAUUUGGAAAAAAAUGUGUUAUUCACUAAUUUUCAGUUUACCUAAUACAUAAAUUAUUUGAAAAAGUUACAUCUUAUUAUGUUAUUUUCUUUACUUUCUUUUUAAUGUUUUUUUCCUCAGCUCUUUAUGUACAUUUUGUACAUUACUGGCUUUUAAAUGUUUAUUUAAAAAAUGAAUCUCUGAAGACAUAUGAUUGUUUUCCUUUUAUAUUUUUGAGCUCUGUGUGAAGCCCACUGAGUUCUUGCCUGUGCUAAUAGAAGUGCCAAAAUCACAAUAAAUUGUACACUGAC